GUGAUGGAGGCGGGGGGGGCAUGAGCCUGUUUCCUAAUCCCUCAGGUUUGGCUGCUGCUCGGCCUCGGGAUAAAGUGUCAUGUAGACGCCGGACAUUUAAAAAAAGCUACUUGGAUUUCUUUUCUGAUGCCUUUUUUAGAAGUCUUUUGUUAUUAUGAAAAGUCCGCUCUGGUUCAGCAUGCAGCACGGUGCCGUCGAGGGAGGUAACAGUGGACCAGUGCAGCGCCUGAGGCCUUAAACGUGAGAGCGAACCAGCAAAAACCCAACUUUUCCUCUGACACCUGGGAUCAAGAAGGCUGCCGCAGUGCUGAGAGUAGCUCACGGCUCGUUGGGAGGAUUAUGCCAUUAUAGCUGACAACUUGAGCUUCCUCGGCAUACCUCAGUUACACGACAAAGCCACCCCUGCUGCCCUCCGGCAACCAUGGAUGACCCCUAUCAGAACAAUGUGAACCAGCAGAUGACAGAGGGUGGAGAAUACACCUACACCCAAGACGGAGGAGGUCAAGAUGGAUACCCUUACCAGACAGACUACCCCCAACAGGAUGAUGAUGCCGCUAGUGACGCCACUGAGGGGGCAGAUGAGGAUGACCAGAUGUACGAAGGAGAGUACCAAGGCAUCCCCCACCCUGAUGAGAUCAAGAUGGCUCGGCGCGCAGCUCGCUUGGAGGCCAAAAGGAAGGCCCGUCUGGCGGAGCAGCAGGAGGAGGAGGAGAGCCUGCCUGAGCAGUACGAGAGCAUCAUGGAAGACUGUGGUCACGGACGCUUUCAGUGGAUGCUCUUCUUCGUGCUCGGCUUGGCACUGAUGGCGGACGGCGUGGACGGCUUCGUGGUGGGUUUUGUCUUGCCCAGUGCGGAGAAGGACAUGUGUAUAUCCAACGCUGACAAAGGACUGCUGGGUCUGCUGGUGUACGUGGCCAUGAUGGUGGGGGCUCUGGUGUGGGGCGGGCUGUGUGAUAAAAUGGGAAGGAGGAAGUGUCUGAUCUAUGUGCUGACCAUAGACCUGGUCUUCUCCUUCCUGUCCUGCUUCGCUCAGGGAUAUGGCUUCUUCCUGUUCCUCAGGAUCUGCUCCGGCUUUGGAAUUGGUGGCUCCAUCCCAAUCGUGUACACCUAUUUCACCGAGUUCCUGCAGAUGGACAAACGUGGAGAACAUCUGAGCUGGCUCUGCAUGUUCUGGAUGCUGGGAGGCCUGUACGCCUCCUUCACUGCCUGGGGGAUCAUUCCUCACUAUGGUUGGGGCUUUGCCAUUGGAACUCAGUUUCAAAUCCACAGCUGGAGAGUGUUCAUCCUGGUGUGUCUCUUCCCCGCUCUGGCCGCCCUCAUCGGGGUUGUCUUCAUGCCGGAGAGUCCCCGUUUCCUGCUGGAGAACGCACGCCAUGAUGAAGCCUGGAUGAUCCUGCGGCGAGUUCAUGACACCAACUGGAAGGCCAAAGGAGAGCCAGAGAGAGUCUUCACUGUGACCAACAUAAAGACCCCUCAAACUGAGGAGGACGAGUUCAUAGAGAUCCAGAGCGAUACUGGGACCGCCUUCCAGCGCUGGACAGUCCGUAAAAUGACCAUGCUGCAGCAGGUGAUGGCCAAUGUGAUGUCUCUGUCUGCUCCGGAGCUCAGACUGCAGGGCCUCUUCCUGGUCAUCGUGUGGUUCUGUAUGGCCUUCAGCUACCACGGUCUGGGAGUGUGGUUCCCUGACAUGAUCAAAUACAUGCAGUAUGAAGAGUACGAGUCCAAGGUGAAAGUGUUUCAUCGAGAACGUGUGGAACGCUUUCACUUCAAUUUCUCUCUGGUCAAUCAAAUCCACCGCGAGGGAGAGUACAUCCAUGACAAGUUUGCAAAUAUCGAGAUCAAGUCUGUAAAGUUUGAGGAUUCCCUGUUUGAAAACUGCCACUUUGAGGAUGUCAGAUCGACCAACACUUUCUUUGAGAACUGCACCUUCAAAAACACCAUCUUCUACAACACAGAUUUGUGGCAGGAGAAGUUCAAAGACUGUCGGCUGGAAAACACCACCUUCCUCCACCCGAAGAAAGGCUGUCACUUGAACUUCCAGGAGGAAAACGACAUCGUCAUCUACAUGGUCAGCUUCCUGGGCAGCUUGGCUGUGUUGCCUGGCAACAUCCUCUCUGCCCUGUUCAUGGAUAAGAUAGGAAGAAUCCGUAUAAUAGGCGGUUCAAUGCUGGCAUCAUCGGCCUGCACCUUCCUGCUGCUGCUAAGCUUCAGCCAAGGAGCUGUAAUAUGCUGGCAGUGUCUCUUCUACGCUGUCAGUGUGGCAGCUUGGAACGGACUGGAGGUCAUUUCAGUGGAGCUCUACCCCUCCUCUAAAAGGGGGACGGCGUUUGGCAUCCUGAAUGGAAUCUGUAAAUUUGCAGCCAUCCUCGCCAGCUUCAUCUUUGCCGUCUUCAUCGGCAUCACUAAGAUCAUCCCAAUCUUCCUGGCCUUCGCCGCCCUCGUCUGUGGAGGCCUGGUGGCUCUGAAGCUGCCUGAAACUCGGGAGAAAAUCCUCUCCUGAAAAGCCAAACUUCUUUCUGCUUUGGUGCCCCGCGCCACAGAACGGCGGGAACACACUUGAGGGAACUGAAAACAGAAAGAUGAGAAAGAGAGGCUCUGCUGAGUUUUGUCUGAGUGUUAAAAACUGUAAAAAACCUGUCUGGUUGCCUACAUGAACCUGUGGUUUCUUUGUGUUUGUAGUGAGCUCCUCUGAGCUUUUGUCCCGAUGAAAAAACUUAGUCCUUGUCCUCGUCUGUCCUCCCAAAAUCUGUUGUGUUUAAGGUUUGUGUAAAAGAUGAGAAAGUGUUGAGUGGUGAUUUAGUUCUUGUUACCAUAUCCUGCUUUGGUUUCAUUCCCUUCCGAAGAGCGGUAGACGACUAUUAGUUUUGACUUGGGUGAAAGUUCUGUUUUAGUAAAUGCAGCAACAUUUCCCACAAAUCAUCGCAUUCCCCCAGUUGGUAUGUUUAUUAUGUGCAGCCUUGUUGUGUCUGUAGUGCUCUAUAGUUUUUUUUUUUUGGUCUCUCUGGAUAUAAACCUGGACUGACACGUUUAUUAAAUGUCAUAAUUUCUCUAUUAACGGUAAAUUCCCUUUUCAGUUGUCCCAGCUGAUCGAAAUUCAACUGUCAUUCACUGUUUGUUUAUUUUUUGGGUAUUAAAAUAUAGUCCUGUCAUACUGUCACCAUGACGUGUACAAAACUGCUCUUUAAAUUGUUUUUUCUACAAAAAAAAAUAGAAAAAAAAGAAACAAGAAUGUGGAAAACUGUGAGGCUAGAUGUUUUGAUAUAAUGCUCUUGUUUUAACGCCGGGAUGAAGAACUGAUUUGCAGAACACUCCGUGUUUCUGACAACAUGCGUCAAGAUUUCUAAGGAGCAUGUGACUUUUUUGUGUGUCUGAGCAGAACACGCAGGUGUGUGUGUGUGUGUGUGUGUGUGUGUGUGUGCAUGUGUGUGUAUGUGUCAGGCUGUCAGUCACUUGAUUUUACUGCAACACAACAUUCUGACACCAUCUCUGUAUUUGUUGUUGUACAUAUAGACCUGUGUACAGUAGAUGUACCAUAUUAGCUGCAUCAUGACUUGAAUAAAGCUGAGGGCUUGUUA